ACAAACGCUGUUCAGCACCCAACCAAGCUGCAUGUGUUUUAUUUUAUUUAGAUAAAAGUAACCUCGUUCAUAAUGAAGUUGCAUUUAACACUGGUUUUUCUCGCAGUUCUCGCACGCAGUUAUGGACUUGUCGACGUAGUUCUGUGGAUGUGAACGAUUGCUUGGCGGACGCUGUACAGGAAGGAUUGGCAGUGAUGGCGGAUGGCAUUGAAGACUUGGAUGUACCAGCCGUGGAUCCAUAUCAUCAGAAAGAGCUCCGAGUCGAUUAUAAAAAUAACCAAAUAUUGGCAAAAUUUGCGGCAAAGAAUAUUUACGUUGAAGGACUUAAAUCAUCUACAGUUCAUGAUGCGAGACUUCGUGCUGAUGAAGAUAGGUUUCAUUUGGAAGUGGAUUUGACAACACCACGUGUUCAUGUCUAUGGUUCCUACCGCGGAGAAGGUCGUUAUAACUCUCUACAGAUUCUCGCACAUGGACAAUUUGAUACUAACAUGACUAACUUAGUUUACACAUGGAAACUUGAUGGAGUCCCUGAAAAAAAUGAGAAUGGAACAUUUAUUCGUAUAACUGACUUUUACAUGCGCCCUGAUGUUGGGGAAAUGACGUCUUAUGUAUCAAAUAGCAAUCCUGACAGCCGAGAACUAACGGAGCUGGGUAAUAGAUUUACUAACAACAACUGGAGACUGCUUUAUCGAGAGUUUUUACCAUUCGCCCAAGCAAAUUGGAAUAAAAUUGGAAUACGUAUUGCCAACAAAAUUUUCUUAAAGGUCCCUUACGAUCGGCUUUUCCCGUCUAAGUCUUAAUGAGGUUUAAAAUACUGUUAUAGAAAUUCAUAUGAAUGAAAUAUUUUCUGUGAUACUUGCACGUCAAGAAAGAUGUUUUGAGGACUUUUUUUACCUUAAUAAAUGUUCAUUACUUAUUUGUUUAAUAAACACUUUCACUGUUG